AAUUCACAAAGACAGAUUGCUGUUUUAACAUACCUGAUAAGUUAGAUCCUUACAGUAAAACCACAGUCCGCAAUGGAUUACUCCGCUACCUGAAGCCAUCAGAAACCAGAAUACAGGCGCUAGAUAGAAUAUUCAUUUGUAUGAGAUCACUUCCUGUAGCUCGAUUUAUACCCUUUCGGGAGGAAGGAUCUGGGCCGCACUAUACAAAUUUUAGAGCACAAAACAGACUUCCAUUCUCCUAUACAGAUGUACAGGAGCCUGACCUGUAUACUGAUAUGUCAUUGGCUGGGGUGACUACACAGAGUGCACCCCUUGGUCAUUUCCAAGACACUCCAGUUUGGUUAGGACAUGAUGAGAGACUGGAGGAAGCAAUGUUGGAAGCUGGCAUUCUGGCAUCUUUAAGGGCAUAUGAGCAACAGGAAACACAGAGACACGAGCUAACCCUAAACAAAUCCAGUGUGUCAGCACUCAGGCUUCAGCAACUGGAGCGCAUGGGCUUCCCAACAGGACCUGCAGUUGUUGCAUUAGCAGCAACAGGGAAGGUAGAAGGAGCAGUCUCCCUUCUUGUAGAAGGACAGGUUGGUGGAGACAUUGCAGUGACCACUGAAAGACAGACGGGUAGUGGACCUCAAAGCCCAUCUGACACAUGGCAAUAAAACCUAUGGUACAUGAACUCGGUAUUUUUGACAUGACACAU